UUUUGAACAAGAUAUUUUCCGAUGUAAAAGUGUCUCGAAAUUUGGCAAGUAAACACAGUUGAGCCAUUACUCAACUGUUUCAAUUCCAAGAAGAAUUAGAAUAAGUAUUCUCGAUUCUAUUGCACGAUGAUUAUGGAAUACUCAUACAGGUUUUCAUGGAAAAUGAAGUACACACGCGACGCUGAAUAUAAAUAAGAAAUGUGGCAGCACCCGAUACAGCGAUAAGACUGAGACUCAACCUCAAAUCUUCUCUGUGCUGAAUUGCGCUGCCAGAGGGGAGUGAGAAAGCAGCGAGAGCAUCCAAAAGGGUGGGGGAUCUCGGGAUAGCGGCAUUAUCAUGUGAUGUGUAAACUGCUUUCCCUGACUUAACAAUCUAGUAGGAUCAAUGCGGGAACUCAAUCCUCAACAAGUUUAAGAAUAGUCUUUAAACCGGGCACACCAACAAAUCCAUUGUACAGCUGGGGAGGAUACCAUCACUUCAGUUAAAUGGAUCCGCCGUGAUGAAUCUUAAUCAGGUUCUUCUUCGUUGACUUUUCUACCUCCCAGUAGAAGGCGCAGAAGAUGAUUGCUUCUAUUAAUCGGAAGAUGUAUUGCUGUGGAAUCGCAGUGUUUUUUUCUUUCAAGCGGACAUAGCUAAGCAAGAGCGUCACUUCAUGGAGAUGUUCCCCAAAGGACGCCUCGAUGGACAAGAUAACAUAAAAGAAGUUCACGUUCUUCCGCAAUCCCCCAUGGGUCUCCUGGUGGAACAAAGUUUCAACAUACCACCAGAGAACAACAGACUGGAGGCCAAUCAGUCCUUUACUCAAUCACGAAUGAACAGCUGUUCUGAUUCUGAGUCUGGGAUUUCUGCUGUGAAAGAUACUCAGAUACCUCAUAUAAUAAAAAAUAUCCAGAUUGAGGAAACUAAACAGGACGAGGACCAAGGCUCGAAUAAUAUAGUGGAUCAUAUCCUGAAAGAGCUGAAAGGCAUAAAUAAGAUCCAGGAGGAAAUAUCAGACCUGAGGCAGUAUCUAACGUCUGUACGAGGUUCAGUGGAUGAAGUGUCUUGUUGUGUUGAUGCAGUGCUAAGUGAAAUUGAUGAGUUAUACUCUGGAGCUUCUGCUGCACCUCACUGUAGUCCAGUUUCUCAAACACACAGAACCAGGCGAGGAAGCCUGGGAAGACAGAAUGCUGUAACGUCACCUCUCAAGAGAGACACUGCUCUAUCGCCUGAUUGGAAAAAACAUGGAAAUAUUUCUGGUGGUUCACCGUCUCAUAGAACUUCCAAGCAAUCGACUCUCAAUCACCUUGCCCACCAGUCCAACCAACAACCAGUCCAGGAGAUGGCCUUGCAAAGCUCAAAUAUACAAGUUCUUUGUGCUGCAAAACAAGAGCUCCUUUGUCUUCAUCAAUGUCAGGACUACCGAAGUAACCACACUUUGUCAUCCUGUCCUUGCUCAGAUGCAGGAUUUCUUUGUGCUGACCCAGAGCAUGGCAGGUGGCCUGCUGAUUAUCAACAGUUCAAUAUCUGUGGGGAGGGAGAUUGGAGUGAGGGUGAAGUCUCCUCUGCAAACAGUGAAGAAUUACAUGUUUGGGACUACUGUUGUACAGAGACACAAAGCAGCACACCGGGUCAUUCUUCACACACUAGUUCUGAACACCUCUCAUUACUUUUUGGAAUUCAUUACAACUCUCCGUCAUGUUCUCCUAGUUUGGACAACAGAAAUAAAGGACUACAGAAGGAUGAAACAGAUUUGGCAUGUGUCUGUUCCGUUAAGUACCCCUACUCACAGAAGUCAGGGUACGACGACGUGGAUGCUUGUGCAAAAGCAGAGGGAGAGUGUUCCUCCAUGAAUUUUUCCAAUGAGCUGUUGACAGACGGUGAGGGUGGUCACCUGGAGCCUCAUUCACUGUGCAAUGACUAUCCACCAUCUGGUGACACUCUUGAACUGGGAUUAGCAGAGAGUUUGGAGAGGGACUGGGACUGGACAGAUCACAGCAUCUCAAGAGAUGAUGGAGGAGAAUCUUUGUCACAACAUUCUGUUGAGAUUUCUCCGAGGUUGGGUUUUGAUAUUCCAACUUUUAGCAAGGCGGUAUUAAGUUUUAGGUCUUCUUUUAAGGGGGCGCUGAAACAGUUUGACGUGCUCAACCCUGACAAUUUGGAAGAUGAUAUCUCAGAAGCAUCUCUGUCCCUCAUUACAUGUGCCGAUGAAGCAACAGAGUCGAUCAUCACUGCUUGUCAUACAGAAGAAGUGUCCAACAAUCACACUUCAUGUGUCCCCACCAAUGACGACCGUGAGGCCUCAGACUUUAGGGAUUUUGGACAGAUAUUGGAGAAAGAGUCAUGUUCAACUCAAGCAUUGCACCAACAGACAGGCCACACUCUGUCAACUGUAACAAACAGAAGGGAUAUUGAGGUGUUACAAAGCAAAGAAGAAUAUCAAAUUAAUUUGGAAACGUCCAGCCUUUACCUUCAACCAAAUUCUUGCCUGGUCAUCCAGUGUGAGAGUCCAUUGAAUGCAUCGCCCAGUUCAGACAAAGUACCCUUCGGUUCUCCAAGUGAAAUCAACAACUUUGAGGAGGUCGGAAAACCUACCGAUGCCAAUCACAAAGCACGUAUAGCGAAGUUCCAGCGCAUUCUUCGAGAAAAGAGGCAGAUACAUCAGAGGCUGUCCCAGUCUACUCAAGGUUCUCAGGGGUCUUGUGGUUCUCAAGGUUCUCAAGGAUUCCGAUCUCAGGAGACAGGUAUUAAAGAAACAGUGCAAGAAGAAGAUCAGGUUUGUCAUGACGAAUCCAGUGUAAGACAAGCCUGGGUAAAACCAAGUGGUGGACCGGGGCUUUAUGGGAUUGACAGCAUGCCAGACCUUCGUAAAAAGAAGCCUAUCGCCUUGGUUAGCGAUGUGGCUAUGUCCCUUGUCCAAGCUCGUAAGGCAGGCAUCGCAUCUGCGAUGGCUGCGCGAUCUUCCAUCAAGGAUGAGGAGCUGAAAAACCACGUGUACAAGAAAACCCUUCAAGCGCUGAUCUAUCCAAUAUCAUGCACCACGCCACAUAACUUUGAAGUGUGGACCGCCACAACGCCCACGUAUUGUUAUGAGUGUGAGGGGCUGCUGUGGGGAAUUGCGCGACAAGGCGUCCGCUGCUCAGAGUGUGGUGUCAAGUGUCACGAAAAGUGUCAGGAACUGCUGAAUGCUGACUGUCUGCAACGCGCUGCCGAGAAGAGUUCUAAACAUGGAGCUGAGGACCGCACUCAGAAUAUCAUCAUGGCAAUGAAGGACAGAAUGAAGAUCAGGGAAAGGAACAAACCUGAAAUUUUUGAACUUAUCAGGGAGGUUUUUAUUAUCAGCAAAACUCUUCAUUUGCAGCAGAUGAAGGCAAUCAAACAAAGCGUACUAGAUGGUACGUCAAAGUGGUCUGCCAAGGUCACUAUCACAGUUGUUUGUGCCCAAGGACUUCAGGCAAAGGAUAAGACAGGAUCCAGUGAUCCGUAUGUCACAGUGCAGGUGGGCAAGACAAAGAAGAGGACCAAGACCAUCUAUGGCAACCUCAAUCCAGUGUGGGAGGAGAAAUAUCACUUUGAAUGCCACAAUUCGUCAGACAGAAUCAAGGUGCGGGUGUGGGAUGAGGAUGAUGACAUCAAGUCAAGAGUCAAGCAACGUCUUAAGAGAGAAUCUGAUGACUUCCUUGGCCAGAGUAUUAUUGAAGUCCGAACACUGAGUGGAGAAAUGGAUGUCUGGUACAAUCUGGAGAAGAGGACAGACAAGUCAGCCGUGUCAGGGGCUAUCCGCCUACAAAUCAACGUAGAGAUCAAGGGGGAAGAGAAGGUGGCGCCAUACCAUGUGCAGUAUACCUGUUUGCAUGAGAACCUGUUCCACCACUCUACAGAUAUCCAUGGACAUGGUGUGGUGAAAAUCCCAGAGGCACGCGGAGACGACGCAUGGAAAGUUUACUUUGAUGACGUGCCACAAGACAUCGUGGAUGAGUUUGCCAUGCGUUACGGAAUCGAAUCAAUUUACCAGGCCAUGACGCACUUUGCUUGCCUGUCUUCUAAAUACAUGUGCCCCGGGGUUCCUGCGGUGAUGAGUACGCUGCUCGCCAACAUCAACGCCUUCUACGCUCACACAACCGCCUCCACCAAUGUGUCCGCCUCCGACCGUUUUGCGGCCUCCAAUUUUGGGAAAGAACGCUUUAUUAAGCUUCUCGACCAGUUGCACAACUCCUUGCGCAUUGACCUCUCUACCUACAGGAACCACUUCCCUGCCAGUAACAAGGAUCGCCUCCAGGAUUUAAAAUCCACCGUGGAUCUUUUAACCAGCAUCACAUUCUUCAGAAUGAAGGUCCAGGAGUUACAGUCUCCACCGAGAGCCAGCCAAGUUGUUCGAGACUGUGUCAAGGCUUGUCUCAACUCCACCUAUGACUACAUCUUCAAUAACUGCCAUGAUCUGUACAGCCAACAGUACCAACCUGCGGAAAUGAGCAAGGAAGAGGUCUCUUUGGAGGACCAAGGUCCGAGUAUCAAGAACUUGGACUUCUGGCCCAAGCUCAUUAUGCUCAUUGUCUCCAUCAUUGAAGAGGACAGGAACUCCUACACCCCCGUGCUGAACCAGUUUCCUCAAGAAUUGAAUGUCGGGAAGGUGUCAGCCGAAGUCAUGUGGACAUUGUUUGCGCAAGACAUAAAGUAUGCUAUGGAAGAACAUGAAAAAAACAGACUGUGUAAAAGUACUGACUACAUGAACCUGCACUUUAAAGUGAAAUGGCUGUACAAUGAAUAUGUCAAGGAGCUACCCAACUUCAAAGAUGUGGUUCCAGAUUACCCAUCAUGGUUCUUGCCAUUUGUGCUGCAGUGGUUGGAUGAAAAUGAGGAUGUAUCAAUGGAAUUUAUGCACGGAGCCCUUGAGAGAGACAAAAAAGAUGGGUUCCAGCAAACGUCUGAGCACGCUCUCUUCUCCUGCUCUGUGGUGGACAUCUUUACCCAGCUCAACCAAAGCUUUGAGAUCAUCAAGAAACUGGAAUGCCCCGACCCUAAUGUCAUGGCACAAUACAGCCGCCGCUUCUCCAAAACGAUUGCCAAAGUUCUUUUGAAGUACAGUGCCAUUCUUGACAAGAGUUUUCCUUCCUACGUUGACAAGGAGAAAAUCCCCUGCGUCCUGAUGAAUAACGUGCAGCAAUUGCGAAUCCUGUUGGAGAAGAUGUUUGAGUGCAUGGGUGCCAAACAGAUGGACACUGAGGCAAGUGAUCUGCUGAACAACCUGCAAGUGAAGCUCAACAGCGUGCUGGAUGAGCUCAGCGGUACAUUUGGGAACAGUUUCCAGAGCCGCAUCAAUGACUGCGUGCGUCAGAUGGCGUCUUUGCUAUACCAGAUAAAAGGGCCGCUCAACGCCAACACGAAAAGCCAAGUGGAGGCCGACUCUGAUAACAUGCUCCGGCCACUUAUGGAUUUCCUGGAUGGGAAGUUGACGCUGUUUGCUACCAUUUGCGAGAAGACUGUUUUGAAACGCGUGCUCAAGGAACUGUGGAGGAUUGUGAUGACCAAUCUGGAGAAGACUAUUGUCCUGCCCCAGGGCAAUGACACCUUUGGUGCGCAGAUACUCUCAGCUGCAAAAGAGCUCGGUCAACUUUCCAAACUCAAAGAUCAUAUGGCGGGGGAGGCAAAGAGCCUGUCUCCGAGGCAGUGUGCCGUGAUGGAUGUUGCACUGGACACGAUUAAGCAAUACUUCCACGCAGGAGGGAAUGGUCUGAAGAAGGCCUUCCUGGAGAAGAGUGCUGAGCUGUCCUCACUUCGUCACACCCUGUCCCUCUACACUCAGACCACGGACACACUCAUCAAGACAUUUGUGACCAGUCAACAUGCACAAGGUUCAGGUGUGUCCAACCCGAUUGGAGAAGUGUCCGUCCAGGUUGAGCUCCACACUCAUCCUAAAAGUGGAGAACGCAAAGUUUCCGCCAAAGUUGUGGCAGCCACUGAUUUGAAGUGGCAGACCCCUGGAAUGUUCCGGCCCUUUGUGGAGCUCACCAUGAUCGGACCGCACCUCAGUGACAAGAAACGUAAAUUCCAGACCAAAUCCAAGAACAACAGCUGGUCUCCCAAGUUCAACGAGAUCUUCUACUUCAUCCUCGGAAACCAGGAUGGUUUUGAGUGCUACGAGCUGCAAGUGUGCGUCAAGGACUACUGCUUCGGCCGAGCCGACCGGGUGGUGGGCUUAUCGGUGAUCCAGUUAAGAGACAUCAUGGAGAAGGGCAACUGUGCCUGCUGGUGCCCACUGGCUCAGUGCAUCCACAUGGACGACACAGGCCUCACCGCCAUGAGGAUCUUGUCGCAGCGCUCCAACGAUGACGUGGCCAAGGAAUUUGUGCGCCUCAAGUCGGAAACCAGAUCAGCUGAAGAGGGCAAAUGAACUGAAUCUCCCCUUAAUAGACUUUACUCAACCGUCAACGUCAUUGACUGUUUGGUGGCACCUUAGCAAGAACACUUGUACGCUUUCCCAUUGGGAAGGCACACAAACACACUUUGUGUUCCUCAUCCUCAAAUGUUUCAUUUAAUUUAAUCAGCCUUUUUUAAAAUUUUUAAUGUCUCUCAUUAGCUGUUUGUGCACACCAUAUUCUCAAGGACUCCCAUCUCCACAGUGAUGUCCAAAAAAAAAAACACCCAGGCCUCCGCCUGCUUUGGCCACCAAUUUUGAUGCCUUACACUCCAAGUCCAAAACUGUGAAUGUGUCAAAUGAAGUCAUUUGAAAUGCUCAAAAGUCCACGCUGGUGCUUUUGAGUAACAUGAAGAUGACAAUCAGUUUCAUCCUCAGACGGUGUCAAAGGUGAUCAAAUUUGAAGAAAAGCUCAUUUUACCACUGGGUGACUUGAAUAGGUGCCUUGUGCCAUUUGGAAGUGUUCAGACCACAACGUGAAAGAUCAUUGGUUCCCUUCAGUACACAACAAUCUCAUCAGUAGUCGACUGAAAGUAUAUAAACACUGAAAUGAUUUUUUUUUUAAACUCCUCGUAUAGAUAUGCAAAGUGAAGUCACGCUUGGAAAGACGUUUUAUUUAUUUUUUUUUAACUAUUUAUUUUUUAUGUGUCCAUGUUCCUAAGGAUAUGUUCAUGAUUUUUGCACAGUUUUUGCUGCUGCUGUGUUGUUACAAGUUAUUUAUCGUGUGUGUGUGUGUGUGUGUGUGUGUGUGUGUGUGUGUGUAUGUGUGUGUGUGUGUGUAAUUGAUACUCAGCAGAAAAAAAAAAAACUUCUGAGUUGAUUUUGAAGUGUUUACGAACUGAUGGUUUACAUGUAGACUGGUGAUGAAUUACGAAGAGCCGGAGUGUGUAAACAAUAAACGAUAAUGCUUCCAUACAGGAAAUAUUUGGGAGACAUAGUCUUUAACUUUCACAGUCCACCGUUUUCAGACACUAUCAAAUCAAGGAAAACCCGUUGGAAAGCUUCCAGGUUUACAAAAAAAUGUGAAGAGUCCAUAUAGGUUUCCGCUUAAGUUCAUCGGCCAACCCGAUUUCUUGUUUUGUUCUGCUCAUGCUUUCUUCAGUUGCCUUACUGUGAUUGAACAUUGUUGUCGAUAUUUUGCACCAUGCGUUUUCUUUUGCUUCUCCGCUGUGAGGUUUUCUACCUCUUAGCCCAUUCCCAAGUUCCAAGUGAUAUUCCUCUCUUUUCUUUUUCUUUUUUUUUUUACCUUUUAUUGUUUCUCUAAAUGCUAUAGCUACAUAUGUUUCAGUCUCUUAAUGGUGUUGUGUGUGUGGCGCGCGCGCGUGUUGUCUUUUUAAUUAUCUGGAAACAAUGAGUGUCAGAGAUUUUUAGUUUGAUGCUAACACUAAUCCAUGUGUGCCAUCAAGACAUUUUUAAAAUGGCAGUCGUAAUGAAGUAUGUUUUUACAAUAUGGCAACCUCAACGUUGAGGCGCCUCAAUUUUUAACGAUGACCCAUAGAAAGGAAAUAGAUUAAAUCUUUUAUGUAAUACACUGUACAUGCUCCUUGUGCCAUUUUUGAAAAUGUUGUUUUUCUGAAUGUGUUAUGUUUUGCCACUCCUUUGUGUGACUGCAAGAUUUAAUAUGUACAGUCCAGUUUAUGAAUUGAAUGUGGGAGAUUUUGUCACUUUGUUGCCAUUGAAACAUCCCAAUUCAUUUUGUAUAAAGUACGUGUCUCUUGAAA